AUGGUGGACAUGGGUUUGACAUUGAUUGCUAUAGCAGGUGUACUGGCGACAGGCACGCUUGCCUCUAGCCGAUGUAACGAGAACGUACUAAAGAAGAGCAUCGCUCAGGCUCAGGAGGAAUGCGUGCAGUACUUGAACAUCCCACGCGCCCGUCUAGCUGUCUACAACGAGUUCAUCUAUCCGAAGGACACCGAGACGCAACGCAUGGUACGCUGUGUGGGCAUCAAUCUUGGAUGGUGGAACGACACGAACGGAGUGCAGGAAGCCGUAAUACGUAGCUACUUCCAUCCGGAUCCGGAAGACUGUCUAUACGAUCGACGCACCUAUCACUGCCUCAAAUCACAACGCCUCGAUUGCCCAACGUUGGAUCCCAGCGCGCGAGCGUACGAGUCCUUCCGUUGUUACUACGAGCAGUAUGGCAACAUCGUCACUACGCCGCAGUUUGUUCCUUUUACUUCCCUGCAAUUGGUGGACGUCAUGAUGCAGUGCGAUACCAUGUUGCAGCAACCAGACGAUGCACCGUGUACAAGGAUCUUCAAACCGUCUGAGCGAUACAUUGGCUGUUUGCUGCGGUGUUUUUUGCUGCGAACGGGCUUGUACAGUGAACAUCAUGGGCCCAAUCUCGAUCGCUUGUAUGUCCAAUGCAACAAUUACGCGAACGAGACGCUGUUCCGCGAGAGAACUACUUCCUGCUAUCGGCACCUGAAAUCGGAGUGUUUGGAUGAGUGCACGCUGGUGCGAAGAUUUGUUGGGGAAUGUUUCGACGAUGGUUUACUGCAAUUAAUACGCCUACACAUUAAUACAAAUUUAAAUGGGGCGUCUGUAACAAUUGGCGUAACGGGUAAUGUUGAUGUUGGACUUGGUGCUGCCACCGGUGCCCUAGCCGGUAGCCUAGUCAGUGGCCUCAUCGGUGGCCUCACUAUGCCUGUUGCAGGUGUAGGUGGGAUGGUGGGAGGUGUGCUUUAG